UUCCAGUUAUACCAGUUCUCCUCUACGCUCCCAGUUUCAAAUGCUGCUCUCCUGUUUGCUCUAUUCUAACUCGAACUAGCAGAGACAGGUGAAGUUCAAAGACCAUGCAGACGCUCAGAAUCGCCGUGUUUGGGGUGCUGUUCACCUUGGCCUACGCAAAUUUUCCUUUGCAACUCGUCAACGCCUCAAGUGUGGUGACUGCGGCGUUCACAGACUCCGUGCUCCUCAUUGUACCGCCAUGCACCUUUGCGGAACAGAUGGCCUCUUUGACUUACCAGAACACGGCCACUAAGGAAACUGUGAACCUGCAGAACGUGUUUGCGGUUCCUUCAUGUCGGAAAAGAAGGGACCUAGUGGUGGUUUCUCAAAGCAAUGGUCAAUCUAUAAGUAGCCAGUACCUUGGGUAUCAGGUCAACAACCUUGUCAAUGGCACCCAAUACAGCUUUCAGUACACAGUGGGGAGCAACACGAGCGACGUACUGCUAGCCAGCACAGUACAAGCAGCCCCAUACAGCACCAUUUAUGACGGCUUGCCGGCGCGCUCUGGCGCCAUGGUGGUGAUAACCGUCAUCCUGGUGAUCACCAUAUUCCUGCUCAUCGUGGGCUUCGUGCUCACUAUCAUAUAUGGUCACUGCAUGAAAUGAGUGAUUACAAACAUUGAAACACAUUUAACACUUGCUUUAAAAACAGUUUAAAACAUGUCACGAACCUUACGACGAACACAUUUCUACAAUAGCCGCAUAUUUCAUUAUGUGUUAGAUCUAAAUUAGACCUAUUUGUAUUGGCUACAUGCAUUUUUAAGCAGAUGGGAAAGCAUGCAAUACUUUACUUUUUGUUAAUUUGCAUUUGAAUUGUUAUGGAAUGUGCAUAGAAUAGAUAUUUUACAAUACUUGUAUAAUAUAUUAAUUAUAUAUGUUUAUUCUUCGCUUUAAUUUUGCAAAUGUGUCGGAUUUAAAUCACCAAUAAACCUUUAACAGUUAA